AUGCAGAGAAAUCCACGCUCCGAUAAUAUAGCAUCUGAGCAGAAUCAUACGUCAUCUCAUAAAUUGGAGGCCAUUGGAUGCCAUGACCAGCUGGAACCAAAGGAGAGCCAGGACUCCGAGGACCCUGGAGAAUACUGCUAUGGUGGAUACCACCCUGUCCAUAUAGGUGACACAUUCAACAGACGAUACCAGGUGGUGUCUAAGUUAGGAUGGGGCUAUUUCUCCACCGUCUGGCUAUGUCAGGACCUCAGCAGGCUGGGUCGGAGCGUUGCUGUGAAGGUCCUGAAGAGCGGAGCUGGUUUCACCCAGGCAGGACAGGAUGAACUGGCUCUCCUACGAUGCGCAACCGGUCCUACGAGCCGUCGUCCCUCUAGUCAAAGGAUCGUUCAGUUGCUCGAUGAGUUCAAGCUGGCCGGGGUCAAUGGGGUCCACAUGUGUCUGGUGCUGGAGCUGUUGGGGCCCGACCUGAGGAGCUGGCAGCUCUGUUUUGGGAGUCCUGGACUGGCGCAGCGUUCUGUCAAACAAAUACUGACCCAGAUUCUGCAGGGCCUGGAACAUCUUCACACACAGUGUAAAAUCAUCCACACAGACAUCAAGCCUGAGAACAUCCUGCUGUGUAUGGAGGAGCAGUCCCACAAAGCACCAACAGGGGAGAGCAGCUCCUCAUCUGUGCUCAAUGGGAAAGAGGCCAAGUCCACAGAGAAAGGGCAGAACUCCUACAGUUCAAAGGACUUUACAGUGAAGAUUGCAGACCUAGGAAGCUCCUGCUGGGUGUACAAACAUUUCUGUGAGGAGAUUCAGACCCGUCAGUACCGCUCACUGGAGGUUUUACUGGGAUCUGAGUACGGCCCGUCCGCUGACAUCUGGAGUGUUGCCUGCAUGGCCUUUGAGUUGGUCACUGGAGAUUCCCUGUUUGAGCCCAAAGCUGGCGAGUCCAUUUCUCUGGAGGAAGACCAUAUAGCCCAGAUCAUGGAGCUGCUUGGUCAAAUUCCGCCAGUUGUUGCCUUGUCGGGUAAAUACUCUGCAGAGUACUUCAGCCCCAGAGGUAAUCUUCGUCGUGUGGGCCCACUGAAGCUCUGGAGACUCUACGACGUUCUGGUGGAGAAAUACAACUUCCUGUUGGAGGAUGCCGCUGGUUUUUCAAACUUCCUUCUUCGCAUGUUGGACUUCCAUCCAGAGAGGAGGGCCACCGCUGCACAGUGUCUCCAACACCCUUGGCUGACAUCCUGUUAG